AUGUGCGACGAAGAAGUAGCCGCGUUGGUAGUAGACAAUGGAUCCGGUAUGUGCAAGGCCGGUUUCGCGGGUGACGACGCUCCCCGGGCCGUAUUCCCCUCAAUCGUGGGCAGGCCCCGUCAUCAGGGAGUGAUGGUCGGUAUGGGACAGAAGGACUCGUACGUAGGUGACGAGGCCCAGAGCAAGAGAGGUAUCCUCACUCUAAAAUACCCCAUUGAGCACGGUAUCGUUACCAACUGGGAUGACAUGGAGAAGAUCUGGCACCACACCUUCUACAACGAGCUUCGUGUAGCUCCCGAGGAACACCCCGUCCUGCUCACAGAGGCUCCCCUCAACCCUAAGGCUAACAGAGAGAAGAUGACCCAGAUCAUGUUCGAGACCUUCAACACCCCCGCUAUGUACGUAGCCAUCCAGGCCGUGCUUUCGCUGUACGCCUCCGGUCGUACCACCGGUAUCGUACUCGACUCCGGUGAUGGUGUCUCCCACACGGUCCCCAUCUACGAGGGUUACGCCUUGCCCCACGCUAUCCUGCGUCUGGACUUGGCCGGUCGUGACCUUACCGACUACCUAAUGAAGAUCCUCACCGAGCGCGGUUACUCAUUCACCACCACGGCCGAGCGUGAAAUCGUAAGAGACAUCAAGGAAAAGCUCUGCUACGUGGCUCUUGACUUCGAGCAGGAGAUGGCCACCGCCGCCUCUAGCAGCUCACUCGAGAAGUCCUAUGAACUUCCCGACGGACAGGUCAUCACCAUCGGAAACGAGAGAUUCCGUUGUCCUGAGGCCCUCUUCCAACCCUCAUUCUUGGGUAUGGAAGCCAACGGUAUUCAUGAAACCACAUACAACUCCAUCAUGAAGUGUGACGUUGACAUCCGUAAGGACUUAUACGCCAACACAGUAUUAUCCGGUGGUACCACAAUGUACCCAGGAAUCGCCGACCGUAUGCAGAAGGAAAUCACAGCUCUAGCGCCAUCUACGAUGAAGAUCAAGAUCAUCGCUCCCCCUGAGAGGAAAUACUCCGUAUGGAUCGGAGGAUCUAUCUUGGCCUCGCUGUCGACCUUCCAGCAGAUGUGGAUCUCGAAACAGGAGUACGAUGAAUCUGGCCCCUCCAUUGUGCACAGGAAGUGCUUCUAA